AUGCACGGUCGCAGCCUCCCUCUCCUCCCUUCUCUGCUAGCGGUCGCUUCGUUGGCACCAGGGCUGGCGCUCGCGUUGCCAGCGCUCGAAGUGCAGUCGCACCUGAUCUUUUCACACAGCCGUUUGCAGGAACUCGAGACGGUGACUAAUCCAAUCUUUGGCGUGGUAGAGACGCUGAUCGAGUCCACAGCUUCUGCCUGGAGUUCGCUGUUCCACGGUGCCAAUGCCGGCGCCGCCAAUGCGCAGCAAGCAGGAAUAUACAGCGUGAAUGUUUCGUCGCCGGUAUUUGUAACCUAUGGUGAUAGCGACAAUGGAGGAUCGACUGGUGUUCCCGACGACCCAUACAGCGACAUUGCCGGAUACACGCACUACAACAUUGCCUUUUGGACGGUCAAUGGAGGCCCGCAGGACAAUGCGUACAAGUGGCACCAGGCGUCCAAGUCGGUGCAGAAAAAGUAUAAGCAAGCGUACAACGACGCUGGGGUCAAGCUGAUGGUCAGUGCGUUUGGUGCGUCGGACAAGCCGCAGAGCAGCGGUAGAAACGCAGUGGAUGUGGCGACAUCGAUUGCCAAGUUUGUCAUCGACAACAACCUCGAUGGCGUCGAUAUCGACUAUGAAGAGGAAGAUCUGUUCGACCACGGCAAAGCGCUGCCUUGGCUGAUUGCGCUGCAGCGCCAUCUACGCCAGCAGCUUCCGCGACCGCAGUACAUUAUCACGCACGCGCCCAUCGCGCCGUGGUUCUCGUGGACGAACUAUGCCGACGGCGGGUACAGCGCGUUCGACAACGAGGUUGGCGACACUGUCGACUGGUACAAUGUGCAAUUCUACAACCAAGGCCUGUAUGAUGACUGCAACGGCCUGCUCUUCAACUCUGGUGGCUGGUGCCCGGACAGCUCGCUGUUCCAGAUUAACAGCCUCGCCGGCGUGCCGCUCGAGCGGCUCGUAAUCGGCAAACCGGCGAUCAGGGAGGAUGCGGACAACCAGGGCAGCGGAUAUAUGGACGCCAGUACUCUCGGAGAGUGCAUCAAGCAAGCCAAGGCGCAGAACUACAGUGGCAGCGUCAUGCUGUGGGAAUACCCGCAUGCGACGGCGGACUUGAUCGGUAAGAUUAAGACCAACGCUGGGCACAACAGUGCGACCCGCCUCUCGGUCCUUGGUGGCGAGCAGAUGCACAACUCCCUGCAUUCCAAGCUCUUUGGCUCCGCCUGCUUUUUCCCGUACGCCGCCGCCUCGGACCGUGCAGCAUUGCAAGACAAUUCACCUUCACCGUCAUCUAUAUGGACGAACAGCGGUGACAAUGCCACGCAGAUCCUGCUCUCCAACCUCUAUGGCAAGCUCGUUUCCGUGUCUUCCAAGUGCAGUGAGUUUGGAUAUUUUGAUGCAGUCGUGCAGGCUCUAGUUGAUCGAUGCAUAUAUGCCGCAUCAUCUGCCCAUGACACGAGAGGUGACAUUGAUGAUGCCCCCGGCCUUGACGUUCUCCUGUCCUUCAAGGACGACGCCGCCGACGUCUACGUCACCACCGACGCUGAUAACCUCAACAGCAAGCCCGGCGCUGCUCCAAGUUGA